UUGGUUGGUGUUAUUUGUUGUUGUAAGAGAACACAGUCUCACUCUUCGAGUCUUCGAGUCCGGACCCUCGAGAACAUCCGCUAGAUUUUUUUCGCGAAAAGUUCUUGCGCCGUAUAAGACACGUUUGGUUCGGCGUCACCGCAGACAGUCGAUAUCUGGCUCUGAAUCGCGGCACACGUGGACGUUUGGACGUUGAGAAUUUUUCGUGUGAAUGGUGUAACCAAUCUCAAACAACCAUUUGAUGAUUCCAUUUCCUAUGCGUGGUGCCAUUGUGUAGUGACAUUUUGGUGUUGUAAUUUUGUAACGAGAGGACCCCUACUUAAGUACAGUGUUAGCGUUUGGUUGAUUCGGUUUAAACGGCUAUUCGACUGUAUUGUGUAAAGUGUUUGAGAAUUGGUGAACGGCUUCGUUUGAAGCGUGUCCGUUUUGACUGACCAGAAAAGGUGUCGAUUGAUGAUUUGCAACAAUUUUCGUUAGAAAAGUAUAACAAACUUCAUCGCUUGGAUGGUUCAAAUUCGAAGAAAGAUUUCAACACAAUCAACUCAAGUGCAGUGCAAACGAAUUUCUAUCUCCUACUUACAUGUGUAGUUGUUCAAAAUAUCGAUCUUAAAGUUUUUUUCUAAGGUAGUGUCUAGGACCUAAUCCUAAUUGCAUUCGUAUGCUAAAUUUUUCGUCGUUGAUAGGCUGUGGUAACAAGUCUCACCCGGCUACAAAACUGCAUUUUACAGUUGCGGAACGUAAAAAUUUUUGAACCGUGAAGAGUCGACUAAUGAGUGCAAUCGCGUAACUUGACCCGAAAAGAGGUGAUCGACCAAUUUUUACAAGACGCGAAACAAAACAUCUUCAGCUGGGCAGGUGGACGACGUGAAGCCGAAAAUUACAAAAUUCGAAGUGCCAUUGUGAAAGUGAGAGUUGUUAUCGUAAGCAGCUCUAGUUGAAGCAAUACAGAGAAAAAUAUAAAAUCAUUAAAAAAAAACACCAAAAAACGCAGAAGCAACAUGACCGUGGCGCAAUCAUUUGAAGAUGUUCUGCAUGAAUCGGCAGCCGCCCACGAUUUGCCGCAUCUGUCUGGGGGUGGCGGAGGAGGAGGCUUAAUCAUGUCUGACGCUUCUAUCAUCAACAACAACAACAACAAUAAUAACAACAAUCACAACAACAACAACAACAACAAUAUCAACACAAUCAACGUCAACAUCAAUGAAGCCGAUGUCGGGCAGAUCGAGCGGAAGCUGACCGAAAUUCAACAGUUUUAUGACCGUGCCAGCGUCUUCAUCACCGGUGGAACCGGAUUUUUGGGCAAAACACUCAUCUACAAAUUGCUGACCAGCUGCCCGGGACUGGAAAACAUCUUCCUGCUCAUCCGAAGUAAACGAGGGAAAGAUAUAUUCUCGCGGGUGGAGGAGAUUUUCGAAGAUGCUAUGUUUAACAAAAUGAAACAGGCCUGCCCCAAGUAUGAUCACAAAAUCAGAGCCAUCUCCGGAGACUGUAUGCUACCCAGCCUUGGUAUCAGCUCCUCGGAUCGGGAAAUGCUUGUCGAAAACGUGAACAUCGUAUUCCACCUGGCCGCCACGGUCCGAUUCGACGAGAAGAUGAAGACGGCCAUGCAGAUCAACGUGAAAGCCUGCCGGGACAUACUGGACCUGUGCUACGAAAUGAAGCAGCUCAAAUCGAUCAUCUACGUAUCGACGGCCUACACCCAGUGCCCCCAGAAGGUCGUCGAGGAGCGCUUCUACGAGGCGCCGAUCGAUUCGAACAAGAUGAUCUCACUGACCGACUGCGUCAGCGACACCAUGAUGGAGGAGAUUACGCCAAUCUUGCUGGAUAAGUGGCCAAAUACCUACACCUUCACCAAGGCAAUUGCUGAGGACGUCGUACGACAAAACAGCCGAGGCAUGCCGAUUGGCAUGUUCCGACCGGGUAUCGUGAUCGCCACCUACCAGGAGCCGGUGCCGGGAUGGAUCGACAAUUUCUACGGUCCCACGGGUGUGAUUGCUGGAGCCGGAACUGGAGUGCUUCGGACGCUUCGAGCAGAUCCUAAAAAGGUGGCCAACAUGGUUCCGGUCGAUCUGUGCGUCAAUGGUAUCAUUUCCGCUGCCUGGGACAUCGCCGAGCGUUUCCGAACAGAAAUCAUGCCGGAUCCGGAGAUUCCGGUGUACAAUUUCUGUACCGAGAAGAGCAACUGCAUAACGUGGGGGGAUUUCUGCUACACGACCAUCAAGUUUGGAUCGAUGUACCCGACGCUCAAAUCGAUCUGGUACCUGUGCUACCAGAGCCAUCCGAACAAGAUCAUGCACUACCUGGCGAUUCUGUUCCUGCACUACGCACCGGCGAUAUUUUUCGAUGUCAUUGCCCUGUUCAUAGGACGGAAGCCCAGACUCAUGCGCACCUACAAGAAGAUCCACCGCUUCAUGGACGUGAUCGAGUACUUCUCCAUGCGCCAGUGGGACUUCCGGAUGGGCAACAUCAACGGGCUGUGGCGGCGGCUGUCCCGGGCCGAUCAGAAGGAGUUCUUCUUCGAUAUGCGCCAAAUCAACUGGGACUUCUUCCUGGAGCACUAUUUCCGCGGCAUCCGGCAGUACCUGCUCAAGGACCCGCUCGAAACCGUCCCGGAGGCCCUGAUCCGAUGGAAUCGUCUCUACUGGCUACACCAAGCUACCAAGGUGAUUGUGCUGCUACUGGUGUACAAGUUGGUCUGUUCAAUCUGGGGCUUCCUGAGCUAAGCGCCGUGAAGCGUUUACAAAGUACCUUCCCAUCAUUAAGAGCAUCCUUCUUUCGAAGGAUCUCGGCAUUGCAACAUCCGCACAACAUUCACCGAACAAAAUCAUGAAGCCAUUAUUACAAAAAAAAAAUCAACCAUCAUACACAAUUGUGCGUAAAAAUCGUUUGCGCGUGACAACGAAUUCAAAGAUUCUUUCGUCUAGCUUUAGAAAUAAUCCGUUUUGUGUUAGAUUUUACUUUUAGAGAUAGGAAAGAAAAGAUAACGGUAGAACCAAGUUUUGGUUCAAGAACAAAAAAAGUACAGCUUAAUCGCUAGGAAGGUAGCUCUAAUUUCAGAUAAAGCAUGAUUUUCAACCUGUCGUAAAGCUUUUAUAGUUCAAGGUAGGCGAUAUCCUUCGUCUUUAGAGAAACAAAAAUGUUUUCGAUUUACUGUUAUGACUCUGUUUUUUUUUUAUUAUUUGUGUCUAUAGGUUGUCUCUUGACAUUCCACUAAGUUAGGUUUUGGCUAAACGAACGAAAAAAAACCCUGACAAACUUUAAGGAAAAGACAUUUCAAGACAUUUUUGUAAAUUUAGAUCCCCAUGCGCGCAUCCACCCUAGUACAUACCAUUGAUGUAUUGUUAAACAGAAAUAUUUCUUAGGUCUGUUAGAAGAAUAUGCCUUGGUUAAGUCUGUCAACGAUCAUGAACACGGAGCGUUAUCGGUAAAUAUUUAACCAAUCUAACCUAGACCCAUGGGUACAACAGCGAGAAGACGAAAAAAAACGCGAUGCAACGGUCGUUCGGGUUUUUGAACGAUCGGAGUUAUAUUUUUUUUUGUAAAUUUAUUUUGUAGAAAAACCGAUUAAUAAAAUAAUGUUAGCUAAAA